UCAAAAAUUUAUUAUAUAUAUAGAUGGUCAUAUCUCUUCACAGUAGGCCACAAACCAUUUGCAAAAAUGACAACCAUGAAAAUGCUCAUGAUGUUAAUGGUGGCUGCAAUUCUAUUUUGCAGCAGCCACCAACAAGUGGUCGUGGCGAGAGAAGUGGCAGAUGAGGGAAACGAGUUACAAAUAAUACCCCCAUGGGAUAUCCCAUGUUAUUUGCCGUGGCCAUUCCCCUGGCCACGACCAUGGCCAUGCCCUCCUCCACGACCACGACCACGACCACGACCUCGACCGCGCCCAUGCCCACCGCCACCUCCUCCACCAUGUCCUCCACCACCUCCACCUCCGCGCUCACCACCACCUCCACCUCCGCGCUCGCCACCGCCUCCACCACCAAGAUCACCCCCUCCUACACCGUUUUCGGGGUGCUCUAUUAGUGACCAACAAAAGGUGAAGAAAUGCAUGUUCAACACAACUUCAAUUGAUGCAUGUUGUCCGACAUUCAAGAGCAUACUUGGCACUAGUUGUCCUUGCUAUAAGUAUGCUGAGGAUUUAGACAAUCAAGUCUUGAUCACUCUUGAAGCUUAUUGUGAUGUCGAUAGCCCUUGUAGUGGUGUGCCGAGUCCCCCUCCUCCGGUGACUCCCACCCCGUUUUCGGAUAGUUGCUCAGCUAGUGACAAAGAAAAAGUGAAGACGUGCAUGUUCAACACAACUUCAAUUGACGCAUGCUGCCCAAUAUUCAAGAGCAUACUUGGCACUAGUUGUCCUUGCUAUAAGUAUGCUGAGGAUUUGGAUAAUCUAACCUUGAUCACGCUUGAAUCUUAUUGUGAUGUCGAUAGCCCUUGUACUGGUUUGCGUGCAAGUGAUUAAGCUAUCCAAGGAAGAGUAAAACAAUGGAUUGUUUAUUAGUUGUUUAAUUCCAGAUCUUGUAUUAGAUAAUUUGCUGUUAAUUACCCUUGUAAUGUUGUGCUUUUAGCAAUAAUAAUUUUGACAUAUAUGUCAAAUUUUAGUGUUUA